UGAUUGGUCAUUGCCUACUGUACGUUUUGCAAGUUAAAAUUGAGGAAAAGUCACUUUGGAAUAAAAAGUUAAUGGAAACAUAUAAAUUGUUGUUAAAUAGUGCAAAUUUUUUAAAAUCUAAAUACAAGUUCUUUUUCUCUAUCGGUGGUGUAUAAAAUUUUGUGCAAAAAAUAUUGUUUAUGGACUUUUGAGUGAAAAAUCGUUUUUCAUAAUGGCGGACUCGUUUGGGCUUGAGUUUUCGACUGGCGAAGCCAUCAAUUGAAUAAGCGCUAAAGAUAGUUUUGGGAGGAAGAUUUUACUGGCAACAUCGCGCUCUAUUUAUUUUUAUAAAAGUUAUUUUAAAUAAUUUUCAACAAAUAUUCCACAAAAUAUAUUUUAAACAAAAAUUUUAACCAAACUGAGUUGGUGGUAGUGAGAAAAUAUGAGUGGACGUGGUAGUCGAAAACGGGGUAGGCCCCCGAAGACGCCUAAUGAGCGCGCUGGAACCAAAUUUAAUUAUCAGCUGUUGAAGAAACCAAAAUAUUUGAGCAAAGCUAGUGAUUCUCAGCUGAGCACUCCUUCCGCUUCGCGAGCAUCUUCCCCCCAGGAAAGUGAUGGCAGCCGGAGCUAUAAUCGGAAAUCCACCAGUAAGAGCACCAGGGGUGGCAGAUCACGUAAAUCAACAAGCAGCACGGCUAAUGUUAGUCGAAGAGGAGGAUAUGAAUCCGAGUACCAUUAUGGCUCAGAUUUUGGUGAUUCGAGUGAGAAGAGUGAUAUAGAUGACGAAUUACUUUGCUCUGCAACAGAUGAAGAGGAAAGUCUGGAUGCGGCAAAUGAGAGUGAAUCUGAAUUCUCUGUAUGCAGUUUUACACAAAAUGGUCUUGGUCGUCCACCGCGACCACCAAGUCCUGAUCCAAUUUGGUUACAAGAUCGUGAAUACGAUCCACUAGAAAUGCCAGACUCUUCGGAAGAUUUAUUAAUGAAAAAUGAAUUGUUACUUAAGUCUUUGAGUAUUUAUGAAGUUUUAAGAAGAUUUCGUCAUCUGGUACGCUUGUCACCAUUCCGUUUUGAAGACUUUUGUGCCGCUUUGGCUAGUGAUGAACAAAGCGCACUUAUUGCUGAAGUACACAUUAUGUUAUUGAAAGCUAUUUUGCGUGAAGAAGAUGUGCAAGGGACACACUUUGGACCGCUCGAUCAGAAAGAUACAGUCAAUAUUAGUUUAUAUCUGAUUGAUGGCAUUACCUGGCCGGAAGUACUACGCAGCUAUGUAGAAAGUGAUACAAUUUUCAGUCGUGAAGUAUAUAAUAUAUUAUGUGCUGGUGAUUACCCAUUUACAGGGGUAACCGAUCGCGUAAUAGUUUUACAAUUUUUGACCAAUCAAUUUUUAACAACGAAUGCUGUUCGUGAUGUAAUGUUGCAAGAGGGGCCAAUACACUAUGAUGAUCAUUGCCGUAUUUGCCAUAGAUUAGGUGAUUUGUUAUGUUGCGAAACAUGUCCAGCCGUGUAUCAUUUGGAGUGCGUAGAUCCACCGCUGAAUGAUGUGCCAACCGAGGAUUGGCAAUGCAAUUUGUGUAAGUCACAUAAGGUUAGCGGAGUUGUUGACUGUGUGUUGCCACAAGAGAAACAAGGUGUGCUUAUAAGACACGAAAUAUUAGGCUUGGAUAGGCACGGACGUAAAUUUUGGUUCAUUGCACGUAGAAUAUUUGUCGAAGGCCAGCCUGAAUAUGAUAAUGGCAAAAUUUGGUACUACAGUACAGAAUCAAAAUUAGAGCAAUUACUAAGCCUUUUAGACAAAGACGAUUUGGAAUCUGGGCUGUAUAAUCAAUUGACAGAACGGAAGGAUGAGAUUAUACGUCAAAUGAAAUUGACAGAGUCUAUUACGAAGGAACAAAACAAGUACCAAAGGCUAUCAUAUAUUGACGAGGAAAACAAGAAGACAUGGGCUUUGCUCCGUGGUACUGAGGAGGAAGAUGCACAAAUGAAUGAAAGCGGCACAGAAAAUAAGAUGAUGACACGUCUGAAAACCAGUCAAAAUGCAAACGAUCUCACGCACUUCAAACUAGGUAUGGAGCAUGGUUUUAAGAACUACGUAAAUCAAUACACAUCAAAUCAGAUUGCUUUGAAUAAACCGCAGCGCAACGAAGAGCGCGAUAAGCGCCGUCACUUGUCACAUAAAUUUUCACUCACCACAGCCUCAGAAUUUAAAUGGAUCGGUGUUACGAUGGGCAGUUUGGAUAGUAUCACUCAAACUUUGCGACAGACACUACUCAACUUUGAAGAAAGCGUACCUUCGUCGUUUAUGAUACCGAAUUGGCGCCUCCUCAAAUGGAAAUGGCGCAGGACAGUAGGUGAUGCGCGUCGUCCAACAGAAUUCGUCGUAGUAUUACUACUACUCCAAGCAUCACUUAAAAAUGUGAUCUUUGCCAAUGUUUGGCAUGAACAACUAGGCCAUCUGACAUUGUGCCGCAUAACUUCGUCAGAGCGUGAAGAACGCAAGAAAAUGGAGAAGCGUGAAAAACGCGAACGUGACGAUGAGGAGGAACGGAAUCGUCUCGCUUUCAACUAUAUAAAAUACUCCUUAGGACUAAAGCAUCAGGUAUGGAAACAGAAAGGUGAAGAAUACCGUAUACACGGUCAGUGGGGUUGGAUGUGGCUAUCGACGAGUCGUCGUUGCGGCGUCGGCGGUGGCAGCAGACGACGUGCCUCAUAUCGGCACGGGCUGGCUAUACCGCCCGUGAAGGUGAAUGUACACUUCACAAAAGGCAGCGAUGUGGAUGAAAUAGUUAGCGUAGAUCUACGCACACACAAAUUCCUACUGCAAUGCAGCGCGGCAGUUAAGCAAGGCGCCGAUUAUUAUUACUUACAGAAGUUUAGAGAUGUGCAAAUACUAGACUUCGAUAGCGAUGAUGCAGCCGAUGGCGACGCUGGCGCAGUAAAUAAUAAUAUUGGUACAAUUGAUGUUUCCAAGUCGUUAGCUAUGCCCGGCAGACUAAUGUACCCGAAAAUUGCGCGUAAAAGCCGACUCGACGACUUGCUUGCACGACGAUUGGAAUUGAAGCAAGCCGAGGAAGAAUUGGCAGUAAAAACUGAGAAGGAUGCGGAUGAUUCACCGACAAUUACCGCCACAGAGGCGGAUGAUACAAAGGCGGAACCAAACAGGAAGGCGGCCAAACGAACAUUCCUAGAGCGUCGUCUAAUGGAUAUACAAUAUGUACAGCAGAAGAACGCACCUAGUAAUGAUGUUAAUCUGGACUUGAUUAAUUCGCUAGCAAAGAAAAUUCAAACAGUUCGCCUGCAAUUCAGUCAGUUAAAUAGAUUCGCCAAGCAAUAUCGUUGCUACACAAAAGAGUGCAACACCAAUUCCAAUGCAGUUUCACAAAUAACACAAAACACUUGCUAUUCACCACUAUGCCUCCAGAAAGCACGCGCUAAGAAAGAGUUGUUGCUUUUGUUGCGCAAAGCACACAUUGCUGGCAAAGGCUCCAAGGAAACAGUAGCUGCAAUAUUGGGCGCGGUGAAAAAGCCGUCGAUACUGGAGCAAAAACUUACUGAGGGUAAAAAGGAUGCAUCACUCAUGUUGGAUGAGGCCGAGGAUUGUCGCUGGUUGAUCGAUGAAAGCCCAUUGGAUUUGGUGCAAGAUUGGGAACAUGCACGCACUGUAGCAGUGCCAUACGAUAAAAAGCUCUUGCGUGAUUGUUACAUAUCGAAGCAAGAAGAAAACUCUGCGACCGCCGCCGGUAAUGUAGUAAAGGAGGAAAACCAGGGCACCAGCGAUGGUGCUGGUACUACAGAUGAGCGCAUGGAAUUCAUUGAUAGCAUCGAUGUAUGCAGCAAUGUGGAGAUCGAGAGCUCUGAGACAACCAACGAUGACUCGCUGGCUGCGCUUACGGCAGGCAACGAUGCGUCGUUGGGCAUGGACGCUUCACUCGCUAGAAAAUGCAAGAAGUCGCAAAAGGCGCGCAACAGCAAGUCGUACAUCGGCACCAAGGAUGUGCUCAAUCAAACCUAUGAAAAACAAACGACAGCAUCGAAUAUCAAACAAAAUCGAAGAUUUCCCACACAGCCGCGCGUCACAAAACGCGAAGAUGUUACAAAAUAUGAAAAAGAAUACUACGCGAAUGGCAAGGAGCGUUUGUAUGCAGCGGAAUCACCACGUGGUCGCAUCUACCUGUGGCGUGAAGCGGCCCAAUUACAACAAGAUCACACUCAACCCAAGGUGGAGGAGGGGAAAACGCACGAGCAAUCAAAGAACACACCCAUCGGUUCAACAUAUCCCCUCACAUCGCAAUUCCUAACACACAAGCUGAAUAUGAGCUUACUGGUGUUGGCGCCGUACGAGGUAAAGAAAUUGGCGCGUUUGGGUGGCAAGGUGUCCACUAAUGGCUUUCAUCAUUUGGCCAAGAACAAUUCUGUUUGGCCAUAUCCAUGUUCGCGUCCGCUUUUCAAAACCUGCUGGUCAUUUCGUACCAGCAAAGCAACGACGCUGGCUGCUAUCGCCUUACAGUUGCGCAUACUUUGGUGUUGUUUACGCUGGGAUGAUAUGAUAGCCAAACCCCCAUCAGCAGAUGGUAAACAUCAAGUGACUAGUGACACGGAGAUUGUUACGCAGGAGUUAUUGAAGCUGCGUCAUUUGGGACGUUACGGCGAACGGACGCAGUAUUUGCGACGCAAAGUCGUUGUGCCACUGGAGGUGCCCAAAACCAUACGAGAAGUCACAUCCAUUCGUUCUGGUCUUCGAAAACGCAAACGUGCCGAAUCGCCACAACCAACUGAACCGCAAGUAACUGAAGAGUGGGUAGAAGAAGAUAAAUUAGAAUUAUGGGAGAUUAAACUAAUGGGUGAGCGUCAGGAAAAGAGCCGCCAGGCAGCCAUGACACGUUCAGUUGCCUUGCGUCAAGCUGCAGAACAAGCUAAUGCUUCGCCAUCGUCCUCUUCAGCAUCCAGUUCGGGUUCGAAUGGAUCUAUAACUAAAGUUGUAAUAACAGCAAAGAGUAGUGAGGAGGUAAAGGAGAAAAUGGAGCACCAAUUGAAAUUGCAACGUGCUGCGCAUCAACAGAAGAAGAACCCAGAUAAUACUAAAGUGCAGACGCAAGUAAAAGGUCAAGUAAUUGGUAGUCGGCGUGUCAUUGUCAAGAAUCCCGAUGGCACCACUCGCAUCAUACAACAGGCCAUCACAUCCCCUGCUGUUGGCGCACAAAAGACAACUAAUACCGUUACACAAGCUAAAACUGCGUCAAGCACUGAAAAUGCAACAGGCAGCGCUGCACAAACGCAGCAGCAGCAAACCCCUACUCCGCAACAGCAUAAAGUGCAAAUCAUACGUGGCCCAGAUGGUAAAGUAAGUGUAAGAGGAUUAAAUCCCGGUCAGCAAUUGAUACAAAUGCCCGAUGGCAAACUGCAUGUGCUGACAACAACCACAACAGCAGCAGCAUCAACAGGCGGCACGCAAGGUGUUGUCGCAAAGAAAUUACCAGUGAAACCAGCCACGCCCACGAACUCCCCUACCGUCGUCAAGCAAAUAACGGUCAAGCCAAUACAGAAGACGGUGCCAGUACAAAGUACCCCAAAGACCGUUGUCACAUCUGUAAAUCCCCAGCCUAAGCCUGCUACUCCUAAGGCGGUUGCACAAGUUAUAAACCAACAUGUUGCCGUUACUCCAUCACCUACUGUUCAAAAGGUUAUUACACAAACCAUACCUUCGGGCAAUACAAUAAAUACUGGCACGCCAACUACUACGAAAAUAACUACAAACUCGCAAGGUAUUCCACAAUUUAUUGUCCAACCUGGACAGAAGUUGUUAAUGGGUCAAAACCAACAAGGACAAAAAGUUCUAAUAACCACCGGUGGACAACAAUUGACUCAGCAGUCUGUGGUAUCCAACUUGCAAAGCAUACAGCAGGCACAACCGCAACAGCAACAGCAACAACAGAUUAUAGUCAACCAAUCGCCAACUACAACAACCAAUCCGACCAACACUACACCUCCACAAGCUGCCACACAAAAGGUUAUACAACAAAUUGUGAAUACCAGUAAUGUACAGCAACAAAUUGUGAUUGGUGGCCAGCGUAUUAUAUUGAGUCCAGGUCAAACAAUUGUCACACAAAGAUCGGUGCCGCAAAAUCAAACCGUACAAGUUGUGCAACAACAGCAACAACAGAUCAUACAAUCCGCCCCCGCACAGCCGGCGCAACACCAACAAGUUAUAGUCCAGGCGGCAAAUCAACAACCUACUCUGACGCAGGUACAGCAGCCACAAACGCGCGUUGUCAAACAAAUUGUAGUCCAACAACAACAGCAGCAGCAACAGCAACAGCAGGCCAUACAAGCAACAAAUAAUCAUAUCGUUGAGCAAAGUACAGCGCCACAGCAAGUGCUAAAGGUACAACAGCAGCCACAGCAACAGCAAGCUACUGUUACACCACAAACCACAAAUCAACAGCUGGUGGUGCAAAACUCUACACUUGCUCAACAGUUGGCACAAGGUAAACUACAGGUGGCCACCAUAAACGGACAACAAGUCAUUAUACGACCGCUAGGCAAUAAUCAAGCACAAAUUGUAGCGCAUAUUAAGACGCAAAGCGAUGGCAAUGCUCAUAUAAUUACGAAUAGUACUUUGGAAACGCCGCAAUCAUCACCGGAAAAAGCUGCUCCUGCCGUUGUGCAGCAACAGCAACUGCAGCAGGUACAGCAAAAAGUGCAACCGCAGCAGCAAAUCAUACAACGUACAACUAUUGCGCAGCAGCAAAUAACACAACAGCAGCCGCAAUAUAUAAAUCAAGAUAGUGUACAGCAACAGCAGCCGCAGCCGCAGACGACGGCUACACCAACCAAGGCUAUGACAAUUGAGGAGAGUCUACUACAGGGUCAGCCGCCAGGUACGGUGAUCAAGUGUGUCACAGCGCAAGUCAUACAAACUGAACAAGGGCCGCGUAUUGUGCUCCAAGGCUUGGUUGGCAAUGAUUUUACACAACAGCAGCUGGCACUGGUGCAACAGCAAGUGAAGCAGCAGCUUUUAAAAGCGCAAGAAUCCAGUGGCAAACAGGGCGUACUCGGACCAACUAAAAUCUAUUUGGCUGUCCAACCACCAAACGCUGUUUUGAACUCGCAACCGCCACCAUUAACACCAGUACACCAAUCAGCACAUCAACAAGCGUCCUUCCUAGCUAAGACAACGGUGACUGAACCAAGUAGCAGUAGCGUUGAAGUUAAUGCCAAUAAAAUUGAUGCAACAAAAAACCAAGAUAAGUCAGACUCAACCAUACUACAAGACAAUCAAAUUCAACAACAACAACAACAAAUAACCCCAGGGGGUAAUAGCACAAUUAUAAAUAGUCCUAGUGCGGGCACUGGAACGCAGGAUUUGAUUGUAACUUCACCAGGAUUUAUACAAAUUUCAAACAACAAAAAUGUACUCACUAAAGGCAGCUCUAAUAUAACGGUUAUGCACGAUGAAAAACACAACCUGCAGCUGGAUAAAUCCAUCACACAGCAACAGCUGCAAACAAUAAUCGGUACACCUGUCAGUAGUGUUACUACGAGUAGAAAGCGAUACCUUUACAAAACUAAAAAUGAAAAUGGUGACUGGAUCCAACAGCCGCAGCAGUUGCAACGCACACCGAAAAAGUCAAAUACAAUAGGUGAUCCGAACGUCAUCACCGCAUAUUCAACAAAUAAUACGCUCAGAGAUAGCAGUGCUAAGAAGGGCGAUUUAUUAUUGCUCGAUGACAAUGAGCAACGUAAUCAAGCAUUAAAUCAAACACUCGAGCGUCACAAAGAUCUCCUAAAGAAGAGCAUAUUGAAGAAACGUUCGCUCUUGGAGCGUAAUUUGCAGCAUGAAAUUAAGCACGAAAUGAAUACAGAACUAUUAAGUUCCUCAGAGAAGGUUGAUGCAGAUAAAAAAUUCGGCAAUACCUCUAGUGGAGGUGUUGGUGGUAGUGGUAGUGGCGCAGCUGCUAUUGGCGGCCGUCUAAUGACCAACGAAGCAAAGAAACCAAAUAAACAAAUGAAAUAUCACCAUGCUCCUCAAUCACCUGCAAUGACACCGUCCAAAAAUCCCCAUGCCAGAUCACAAAAGAAAUUCAAUAAAAAGAAAGAGAAAUUGUAUUGCAUUUGCCGCACACCAUACGAUGAUACAAAAUUCUAUGUUGGAUGUGAUCUGUGCAGUAACUGGUUCCACGGUGAUUGCGUGAACAUUACAGAGGAGGCGUCGAAAAAACUAUCUGAAUUCAUUUGUGAUGACUGCAAACGUGCACGCGAGACUCAAGAACUAUAUUGUUCAUGUCGCCAACCCUAUGACGAGUCACAGUUCUACAUUUGCUGCGAUAAGUGUCAAGAUUGGUUCCAUGGACGCUGUGUGGGCAUUGUGCAAAGUGAAGCAGAAUUUAUAGAUGAGUAUAUUUGUCCCCAAUGCCAGCGCAACAACUCGGUGAACUUGGCGAAUAUGAAGAAUUUGUCCGAAAACGAGACGAUCGAAUUGAAGAAGCUUAUCAAGCAAAUACAAGCACACAAGAGUGCCUGGCCAUUUAUGGAACCAGUUGACCCAGAAGAGGCGCCCGACUACUAUAAAGUCAUAAAAGAACCUAUGGAUCUACAAAAAAUUGAAAAGAAAUUAGAUACAAAUGCAUACACAAAAUUAUCGGAAUUUAUUGGUGAUAUGACAAAAAUAUUCGACAACUGCCGCUACUACAAUCCAAAAGAUUCAUCGUUUUAUAAGUGCGCCGAAACUUUGGAAGCAUACUUUGUGCAAAAAAUUAAAAAUUUCCGGGAAACUGUGGUUAGUCAAAACUAAACAAAACAAAACAAAAAAAAAAAAAAACACAAACAAAAGAAAGCUAAAUUCACUGUUGUAACAAAUGCUGCACCAAGCCCAUUUUGCGAUCACAGUGUUGUUGUGGGUGCAAAUAAUGUAAAUAGCUAUAAUUGUUGCAUAAUCUAUGUAAGUACGUAUGUAUUACAUAUGCAUAUUUUGAUUAAAGCACACAAACACACAUAGAUUUACUAUAUAUUUAGACUUUAAGCGCGUUUUUUUUUUGUUUUCAUUUGAAAGCAUUCAUCAGCAAGGAAACUUAUAAAGUAAAGCUAAAAGAUCGUGUAGAAAUCAUAAAUAUUACACGAUGUACAUUUUGUCUUGUAAAUAAUUGGUCAAUGCAUUUAGCUGCGAUAGUAUUAAGAGCAAAAUAAACGUACAUACAUUGUAUUGUAUGCUUUUUUCUUUUUUAAUUUGAAAAAUAUUAAUAAAUACUAAACAAAAAACUUCAA